UUAUUCUUUUUUAAUUUUUGGUUUUGUUUUGGGAACUGGUCUCUCCCUAGCGCAGGCUGCCCGCUGUGCCCCGCCAGGGAAACAGGCGAGGCUCCGCAGCGGCUCUCCCGGUGACGCGCAGCCCCGCUCGGGCCCGCCCGCGGCCCUGGCCCGUGACGCGCCUGGCGGGCCGGAGCGGGGCGGGCUCCGGCGGCCAUGGCGGCCAUGGCGGCGGCGCCCGAGUACGAGGCGGCGGAGCUGUACACGCGCUCCUUCCCCGUGGGCGCCCUGGGCCUCGGCUGGCGGCGGCUGCUGGGGCCGCCCGACCUCUCGCUGGCGGCGGCGGCGGAGGACGAGGAGGCGGACGCGGCGGUGGCGGCGGCGCUGGGCUGCGCGGCGGGCACGGCGGCCGAGCUGCGCGCCGUCUGCAGCAUUGAUAUGUUAAUGUCUUCUGAAAAAGAAGAGGACUCAGAUGUUAUUCCUGAAGAUAGCAGUCUGCUCACUCUUCGAAUUAGAAAGAAGGCCUUAGAAAGGAGAGAAGAAAAAAUUAUUGUAGAUCGGGCUUGCAGACAAGAAACUCUUACCUAUGAGAUGGAGUCACAUGCAACUGGAAAGAGGCCAGACAAUCCAACAGAUCUAGUUGAGGAGGGUGAACUACUUUUAACGCUGAACAUCUUUUAUCCUGUUAUAUUUCAGAAGCAUAAAGAUCACAAACCCUACCAAACAGUCCUUGUACUGGGCAGCCAGAAGCUCACUGAGCUGAGAGACUCGAUUUCCUGCGUCAGUGACCUCCAGAUAGGUGGUGAGUUCAGCAGUCAGCCAGAUCAAGCACCAGAGCAUGUCAGCAAGGAUCUCUACAAGUCUGCCUUCUUCUAUUUCGAAGGCAUCUUCUAUAAUGAUAAAAGAUACCCAGAGUGCAGAGAUUUGAGCAGAACAAUUAUAGAGUGGUCAGAAUCUCAUGACAGAGGCUAUGAAAAUCUUCAGUCUGUUAAGAUGGAGGACUAUGUAUUUAAUGAUUUAUAUCUCAAAAUUGGCUUUCCAUACCUUUACUGUCACCAAGGGAACUGUGAACAUAUCGUUAUAAUCACAGAUAUAAGGCUUAUUCAUCAUGAUGACUGUUUGGAUAGGAAUCUAUAUCCCUUGCUGGUCAAAAAACAUUGGCUAUGUACCAGAAAAUGUUUUGUGUGCAAGAUGUAUACAGCAAGGUGGGUAACCAACAGAGACAGUCUGGCACCAGAGGAUCCUUGUUUCUUCUGUGAUGUUUGUUUUCGGAUGCUCCAUUAUGAUGCAGAAGGCAAUAAACUGGGGGAGUUUCUUGCAUAUCCUUAUGUUGAUCCUGGGAUUUUCAACUGAAACUGACAUGUGCCAUGAUUAAUUCAUUGAAUGACAUUGUUGAGUCUGUUGUUCUGGCUGUUAAAACCCACUGGACAGCAUGAGGUUUGAAUAUACUGCUGCAGGGUUUCAGGUUAGGCAUGUAAUCCUCUCCCAUGAGCUGGAAGGAGCCCUUUGCACUUGAAGACUGUCUGGUGUGUUUUUCUGAGUAAGUAUGUAUGAUUUUACAGAUAAGUUGUCAUGCAAAAAUGUAAUACACUUUUACAACAUUCCAGUAGUUUGGAUGCUAUGGAUUGUAAAAUGUGGAUGUUUGAGAAUACCUGGCAAAAGAAACUGUGAUUUUGAGAAGCUCUGUGCAUCCAAGGCUCUGUAAACUGUGAAUGAGAACAUGAUCUGUAUAUAGCUUACCUUGAAAACAGUGAAUUUGUAGGGAGGAGAACACUUUCUGAAAGAGAAGCUCAGAAUAUUGGUUGAACUCCUGAGUCUUUCCUACAAAUGAAAGCUUGCAUCUGGAGGCUUUUGCUGUCCCUGGUUUCUGACUCUGAGGACUGAUUCUGUAGAGAGGAAACUCCAUUUCACCAUUACUGAAUUGUAGCCUGCCUUUUGAAUAAAUUUGCCAACUAUU